UGUACCAGGCGUUUAAAAAAAAAUAAAAAUUUUUCGAAUCUCUAACAAAUUUUCAAAAUGAUUUUCGCUUAUGCAUUGAUAACCUACCGUAAUGCUAAUUCAAUUGAAUUUGCCUCAGUUUGACUUUAUUUUGUUACUUAUCACGAGUUUAUAACUUGUCAAUAAACGUAACAUUGCCUGACCUUCGUCUCUGAUUAAAACAUUCCAUUCCAUGAUUUAGUGUCAACAUGGAAAUUUCAUUUACUGGUAAACGUGCCCUCGUGACCGGUGCCACCAAAGGAAUUGGGCGCGAAAUUGCCAAACAACUAGCCAAAUGUGGGGCCCAAGUGGUGGCAAUAGGUCGCGACCAAACCCACUUGAAUACUUUAAAACAAGAAAGCCCCCUGAUUGAGACAAUCUGUGCCGAUUUAAGCGACUGGAACGCCACCACUUCUGCUUUGUCUAAAAUAGGCCCUAUUGACCUUUUGGUCAACAAUGCUGGCCUUGGGUGGGUUAAGCCCAUGACGGAAAUCACAGAGGAAGAUGUGGAUAGUGUUUUCGCCAUUAAUACAAAAGGUUUAAUCAAUGUUACAAGAAUCGUGUCAAAAAAUUUACUAGCCAGGAAAGCCCCCGGUUCCAUUGUAAAUCUCUCAUCUCAGGCAUCGCUAGCUGGGUUAAUGCACCACACGGUUUACUGUGCUUCCAAGGGGGCUGUCGAUGCGUUCACUCGAGCUGCAGCCCUGGAACUGGGCCCCCAUAAUAUAAGGGUUAAUUGUGUUAACCCAACUGUUAUUAUGACAGAUAUGGGGCGCUUGGGUUGGUCUGAUCCGAAAGUUGCAGAACCCAUGUUGCAGAAAAUACCACUGAGGAGGUUUGGGGAGGUUCAAGAGGUUGUUGACGUGGUUCUGUUUCUUUUGAGUGAUAAGGCGAGCAUGAUUACGGGAUCGUGUUUACCUAUCGAUGGUGGAUUUGUAGCGUGUUGAAUAAAUAUUUAAAACAA